GCGAGGCAGAGAGAGAAACGACAGACAGAGUGGGAGACAGCAUUGGGGGACACCUGACCUUAAGAAAGGAGUGUAGCUCUCUGCUAGCCAAACAAACACACAGAUAUAUACACACAGACACAGAACCACACACACACACACACACACACACAGUUCUUACCGGCAGAGGCGGUGAGCCAGCAGAGAGGAGCCUGUCGACCAGCAGCCAUGACAGACAUUGACUCUCUGAGCGGGGCUCUACAGGCUCUCAGUGUGAGUACAGAGCUGAUUGAGGAGGAGCUGAAGCUUCCUCUGGAGACAUUGCUGGCUGCUCUUUUGGAAAAGAAGAAGGAUGCUGCUGUGGAGAUAGCCAGCAGUGGGGUCCUGCCCUCCCUGGCCCAGGUCCUACGGAGCAGAAGCCCCCUGAGCUGCCAGGUGGCGCUGCUGGUGGCAGAGAUGGCCAGAGAAGCUGCAGUCAGAGAGCCGUGCAUCGAGGCCGGCCUGGUGACGGUGCUGCUGCCCCACCUGAGCAGCACCGACCAGGAGAUGCUGCUGAACACCGGCAGGGCCAUCGGACGCAUCUGCUUCGACAACUCAUUCCAGCAGGACCAGCUGGUGCAGAGCGGGGUCAUCCCCAGACUGGUGUCCAUCAUCAGGCAGUAUCCGGAGAACGACCCCCUGGUCAACGUCUGCCUGCUGGCCCUCUGUAACCUGGCAGACAUGGACUCAGCGAGGGAGGCCCUGGCAGAGCUAGGCGUGGCAGAGGUGCUGACCUUCCAGCUGAAACGGGCGCCUGACGGUGAACGCCGACAUGUCAUCCUGGAAAUACUGGGGGCUUUGGGCGAGAGUGAUACACUGAAGCUGCAGUUUGCAGAGUCAGGAGUACCAGAGGCCUUAUCAGAGAUGAUUCGGAGUCUGCAGGGAGGAUCUGACCCCCACGACCUCUGCAGCAUCAAGAUCGCCUCCAACCUCAUCGUGUCUCUGCUGUUAGGAGAUGAGUCCAUGCAGAAGUGUUUUGGGGAGGGCUCUGGUGUGGUGUAUCAGGAUGUUCUGUCCUGGCUGCAGAGCUCCAACACACAGCUGCAACUGUCCGGAGCCCUGGCCAUCGCCAACUUUGCCAGAAAUGAUAGUAACUGUGUGAAGAUGCUGGACCUUGGGGUGGUUCCUCACAUCCUGACCUUGUUGGAUCAACAUGUGGACGAAGGAGAUGUGUCUGUUCAACACGCCGGACAUCUGAGCGCGCUCAGAAACCUGGCCAUUCCUGCACUAACAAAGUGCGGAUGCUGGAGGGACGGAGUGACGGAGAGGAUAAAGAGCCUGCUGCGCUCCGACAUGCCGCCGGUGCAGUUCAAACUGCUGGGGACACUGCGCAUGAUGGUGGACGGGCAGAGGAUGGCAGCUUUGGUGCUGGGGAGGGACGCUGUGCUGCUGGCCCGGGUCAUGGAGUGGUGUGAGGCCAAAGACCAUGCAGGGGUCCGGGGGGAGUCCAGUCGCCUCCUGGCUGCCCUCAUCAGACACAGUCGCAGCGCAGAAGUGGUCCAUGCUGUAGCCCAAAGCAGAUGGGGGUUCGGCACCUUAUCUCCAUGGCAACAAAGUGAACAUGUCAUCAUGCAGAACGAGGCCCUGGUUUCCCUGGCAAUAGCAUCUGCCAUUGACAUUGAGUCUAUGAAGGAAGCGUUUAGGGACUCUGAGCUGCUCACCAUGCUGAAGGAGAUGUUGGAGGAUCCUGUCGGGGCGAUCGAAGUCAAGUUCAGUGCUUUAGGUCUGAUCUGCAGCCUGGCUAACUCCAGUGUGAUGAAGGAGGAGCUGCACUCUGUGAAUAUGAAGGAGAGCCUCAGUAAACUGACAGAGCACAGCAACAGUAAACUCGCCUCACAGGCCAUCUCCAUACUGGCCUCUCUGGGUGACAGCAGCUAAAGCAGAACAAGUUCCGUCCGGCUUAUUCAAAUGUAUUCAAAUGAUCCUACUGCUACCUAUUGAAAUGGCUUGACAAAAUGUAUCCUGUUGUUUGGCAAUAAUUACUUAUUUUGGAUAAGCAAGACUUAAAACUAAAGGGGUUCAUCAACCAGGAGCAUGAAUGUGUGUCAAUCUAGCAAAUAGAUUAUGAGAAACAUGUGCUAAAUUGACAUCUUGGACUGAGAGUGGAAGUAGAGGAAAGUUGCCAGUGUCCACAUGUAACCUCUCCAUUGUUUUGACAUUUCUUGUAGGCCUAGAAAGGAGAAAGUCAGAUAGAAAUGACUUCCCAUGAGACAAUGGCACUAAAAGGGAAGUUCAAGAAGGAAACCAAAACAUCUACACAUUAUUCUGUCUGUAAUCUGGCCUGUAGUUGUUGUGGUUUGCUGCCCUGGACCAUGGUUGGUGGAUAGAUGAAUGAACUGACCUCACCUUCUUUGAGAUGUACUUGUCGUGAUGCUAGCCCAUGUUAAUAUAUACUGUAUACAGAAAUGUCAUACUAUCAAACGUUUAAUGUUGAUAUCUAUAAACGUUGACAUUAAUUAAAUGUAAUAUUAAACAGAUUUCACAUAAUUGUAUUAGGUUAGUUGAAAGCAAUAAUAUUAAGUUGAACCUAAUAUUGUUUAUUGAACUUUCAACUAACCUAAUAGAGUUGUGAAAUCAGUUGACAUAAUACACAAGUGUCAGUUCUGGCCAAAUGUAUUGCAUGAAGAGCCCCACAGAUUUCUGAAAUGAACCACAAUGUAUUGGUGCACCCAAAUCACGAAGAGACAACCACAAGGUGGAAUUUUUGUUAAAAAUGGAAAAGAAAAUGUAAUCUCAUAGCCUCAAUCAAUGGACGGGGUUUGACAUGAAACUAUGCGUAAAGCAAAAUACCUAUGAACGUUAAAAAGGAUCUGUGCAGCAAAAUUGUUGAGUUAAAAUUAUUUUUGAAUGAAUUUCAAUUUCAAUGACUUCAGUUACAAAUAAAAUGAGUGGCUAAUAUUGUUGAUAUCAGACUGAAUGGAUGCAAAUCAACUGCAUACAAUUGAGUUCAAGACUGAGAUAUUUCUUACAGGCUUGAACCUGGUCUUACAGGCUUGAACCUGGUCUUACAGGCUUGAACCUGGUCUUACAGGCUUGAACCUGGUCUUACAGGCUUAAACCUGGUCUUACAGGCUUGAACCUGGUCUUACAGGCUUGAACCUGGUCAAGAGGACCAAACCACUGUAAUUCACCACUGUCAUUCUGAAUACAGAGUAAACAGAGCUAUUAAUGUAUACUCACAAACAACACAACUGCAUGUGCUCUAGUAAUACACACUGACUUUUUCUAGUGGUGAAACAUUAUGACUUGAGUUUUACAACGACUUGGGUAAGCUAAGAGAGGUGCUGUUGUCAUCUGGAAGGAAACAACAAGCUGUGUAUCGUUGGUCAUGGUUAAACAGAUUCUGGUACUGGCUUUAAUGCCAUGCAAAGAAAUGAUGCUGUUUGUGUUACAAAUAUACUAGAAAAAUCGGUCUGUUAUGUAUAUACAGGAUCAUUGAGAAGAGUGCAGGUGCACACCACACACACAAUAACUGAGUAACAGGAGUGAUGCACACCAUAGGUGUUUUACAGGGAUAAUGGGAAUAGAUUUUGGUAGGCUGUGUGAGUGGGGGGCUAAGAACCUGCAGCACAUUAGAAUGAAAAUCCUCAUUAAAACUUCAUGGUGACAGGUGCAUGGACAUCUUCAUUGAAACUGUGUUUCCAUCAACAGUUGAAGGGAGAUCUAACCCAAUGAUAGGGGGAUGAUCAAAAGCAUUACUCAUCAAACUGCCUGCACAUGUGGCUGCAGUGUGACAGCAAAAUCCACCACUAACACAUUCUAAAUAAAGCUUCCUGUUGAUGAUAUAUCGCAAACAUACAUUUGUAAUCCCUCAGAGGGAUCCUAGAAGCACAAUGUGAAGAAGACACAUGCACAACAUAUCUGAACUGCAUCCAUUAUUAUAAUACAUAACAGUGUUACAGUGCAAUAAGCAAUGCAGUGUACAUUUAUAGUUUGGUAGUGGAAAUGAUGAGUGUCUGUUCUAUUCAAUCAUGCAGCGGACAAGAGCUUUACUGUCAUAUGUUAUGUUAUAUUUGUAUCAAGAUUUAUUUCUCUAUACAUUAAUAUAUAACACCAACAUUUGUGAAAAUCUGUAUAUUUCAAAGUAAGGGAAUAUUUAUCAUUUUUUAAGCUUUGUUAUAGAAACAGCAGAAUAAAGAUAUGCAAUGU